UUCACGCUGACACACAACCCAAGUCUCUCUGCAGAGCACACACACACACAUUCACGGACACACACACACACACACACACACACGUCUAGGUGUCUGCUGGGAUUCUGCAUUGGCCGCCAUCUGCACAGUCAUCAUGUGACCGAUUCGGCAAAAACCGACGACAGCAUGCCUCGCCUCCGCCGGACCUUGGCUCUGAGCUUCUGGUGUUGGUGUCUCCUGGUGCACCAGCAGGCCUUAGCGGACGAGGAGGCCCCUGCGGGAUCGACACCCUCGACGAGACAGAAGCAACCACAGAAGAAAUCUUACUGGUGGACCCCGACGUUGCCUAAGUUACCGUCACUUCCUUCGCUACCGUUCAGUCUACCUUUUUACCCCUCGGAGGGUAAAACCCAGACCUCGGAGUUGACCUCAAGUGCUAAAGGUCUGUUGGAAUCAAUCGAAGAAUCGGGAUCGGGAGAUGGGCCUGAGUCUCCCAGUACUUCCACUCAAAGGUUCCUGACCACAAAGAUAAGAACUGAAACGCUUCCGACAAGAACAUCACAUUUUCCAAACAAUAACACUUUGGUUGUAGAUUCCGAUUCUCCCAAAGACAUCAGGAAUGCUACCUUCGCCAGCACACAAAAUGGGACACAAGCAACGGAAUUCAUCCAAAAGACCUUUCCGACAUUAACACCACGAACCAGAAUUCCUACAGUCGGUCCAUCCGUAGUCGUCCAAACCACAACAAUAAACCCAGACCCAGGAAGCACUCAACCUUUAGGACCCGAGACAACACCUCACCCCAUACCGAGCGUGAUGGGUGCCACACCAGUGUGGAUCACCACCGCCGAUCCCGCAACCACUACAGGGUCCCAAGUGGAACAUGGAAAGGUCAACACCCAAACAACAACAGCUAAGGCGGACGAGGAAGGCGCUGCAAAGCAUGACGGCCGUACGACUCAUGAUUCCGCGCCGGAGAUGCUAACGACGACGUCUUUGUCGGAGAAAUCAGGAACUACAACAGGAAGUCCGCAAAAUCUUCAAACCGAAGCAACCUGGAUGCCAACCCUGCAGGGCACCUCAGUCAGAUUACUUCCAGACUCCAACAAAGAAAAGACGAUGAUGUGCAACGUCUCCGACGACUUAGCAUCUAUGACAUCAUCAUCAUCGGACAUGAAGCCCGGAGACAACGGCACAGUCACAAACCAGUCCGAGAGUCCCGCAAUGUUCCCGCCUCCUCUCAUGUUGGUUCCGCUGUACACGGACUGGAACAGCGCCAUGGCCGCCUGGGGCCUAGCCUGGGAGGCGCAUGUUUACGGCGCCGGCUGCGUCUUCGCUAUGCUGACGCUGGCGUCGGCGCUAAACCUGCUCUGCUUGCCUUUACGCUGUCCGUCCGGUUGCGGCUACUUUGCUCUGGUCAGCCUGUUUCUACUCGCCGCCGGUUGUACGAGAUCUUUCACGCUCCUGUACGACGCCUACGGACACCAGGACCGCUUGCCUUCCGGCGAGGCCUCGCUGAUGCUCUACGAGGCGCCUUUUCCCUGCCUCACGGCAGCUUUCGGCUUGGUUUUCCUUCUGCUCUCCAUGCGCUCCAGAAUGCAGCUCUCCUACUCGGCGUUCCAGAGACCAUGUUUCCUCGCCUGCUUGGUCGCCCUGCACUUCGCCGCCGCGUUCGGUCCAGUGACUUUACUCAAGUUCUACCAGCAGAAACCCGUACUUGGCCUCUUCCUUUCACUCAUCUCCCGCGGAGCCUUUGUUGCGCUCGCCACAUUCCUAUCUGCUGCUUAUUUCGUGUUCUACGUCUACGUGCGUGCAGACUCCAAGCACAUCUACCACCUCAACAACACAUCUCCGACUCCGGCCGAGCGAUACAACCGUUGUCCCUUCGCGGAGAGCAGAGACUGGGACCGUGCAGCCGUAACGGUUUGUCUUUCAGCACUGUUUUGUUUAGCCUGCGCAGGCUUGCAGCUGUACGCAGUGCUCAACGCCGUAGGUGUCACCGGCGGUGAGGAGGUCUUCCACCCAUGGUGCUGGUGGGCUUUCCAGUUCAGCUGCAGGCUCUGUGAACUGGGAGUUUGCCUCACCUUGGCGUUGGUGGUGGCACAACCAGUCUACUGCUCUGACCAGCUCCCGUCUCCUGGAAGCUGUUGGACAGAACUUCUGGCAUCUAAAGCUCCCGUCUUGCCCGGAAGCUACCAGUGGAGCUUGAACCAGCAGGAGAAGCUCGCAAUUGUUGACAGCGUCGGACUCGGAGAGACGGAGAAUCUUCCUCUGUACACGCUCAUGGAUGAGAGGCUCAGCAGCAGUUUGAACGGGUUGGACUUCCUGUACCACAGCAACCGGGCGUUGGCCUACAGAGAUCUCGAUGUAGAUCUGGACUUGAAAGGCUCACAGAAACUUGCAAACCGAGGAGGCGAGGAACCUUCACGUGCAUCGUCCUUCACAAGCGACUCCACUACAGACCUGAGGCCACCGUCGCCCAUCAAUCUCCGUCGCAGCAUCGACGAAGCCCUUUUUGGGGAGGCUCUUUUUCCCAUGAGCCUCUUCAGCACUGCCAGGCCCAAUCAGGGCAGCGACGUCUCCAUACAGAAUCUCCGUGCCCCUACCAGCCUCUGUGAUCCUGGUCUUUAUCGGACUUCCUCCUGUGCGGACAUAACCUCCAAAGUGCACACUAAAUCCGGCGCUCCACCAUCUCCGUCCCUGUCAUCUUCCAGCUGCUCAUCUCCGGAGCGCUGGAGGGGCAGCUCUUCCUCCAGCUCCCCGUACCGAGCAUCCAUUGGGGACUCAUCGCUCGUGCUCUGCCCGAGCCCGGAGACACACGCCCGGCAGCUCCUCCAGCAGGGGGACCCACUGAGGAACUACCAAACGUUGGGUGCCGCCUCACAGGAGAGCCUGGACCUCGACAUGUCAUCCGAAGCGGACCGAUCGGUGCAGGAGGAGUUCAUCAGCGUCUGCAGACAGAUCGACGCGCUGAGUGUUUGCAGCGAGACCAUCGAUUUGUGAGAGAGACUUGAACAGAGCGAGACACCAUGACGGCUUUAAAAAAAAAAGGUGCCUAGUGGCUAAAGCUGCCCAAUAAAAUGUUUGCUAGCUUUUUAGUCUUAAGCGCAUGUCUUGUGUGUUUAAGUGCCAAGAAAUUUACCCCGUGGAUAUCGAAUUUCUUCAAUAUUUGAUUUGCAUUUAAACACUUCAGAUAUACAGUCGUCCUUCGCAAUAUCACGGUUCUUCAUAAAAAUGGCUACCUUGUGGGAGACUAUAGUCUACAAGGAGUCAACACAUAUUAAAAUACAUUAGUGCUCACUAGGUGGCAGUAUUGUCACAAAACAUUGAAACAGAACCUUGUGUUACCUUCUCCUAACAUGGCAUGGUUGAUAUGAGAUAUUUGGAAAAUUGAAGAAAAAUAAUUUUGAGCCUCAACUGUUAAGCUUGCUCACUAGCGGCCAUCUUGAGUGGCCGCACAAUAUUAUAAACAAUGAACAUGGGUGUAAAGAUGACUAUAGGGGUGUUAUUUCCAGUCUACAGGGCUCUAAUUAUGUUUAAAAAAAAUCAUACAUAGUGAGUCAAACAGGUUUUCUACUGUCUAAAUAUGAAAAUAUUCCAUUUAUUGAUGUUGGAUAUAUCCAAUUAAGCGCUAUUAACGAGGGACGACUGUAUUCAGCAUUUAUACAGUACUCUGAAGCUCCUUUUCAUAGCAGUACUUCUGGAUUGAAGACUUGUGCACCAGCGCCCUCUGCUGUCCACAUCCCGCAAGUGUGAAAUGACUAUGGACUGCUGCUUACUAUCAAUACACGCUGAUACAAUACUUUUGCUUUACACGAGCCGUUUAUUAAUAAAGGCUAUUUGAUAAUAAGUGACUAUUAUUCUUAAAUUAUUUACACUACUUUGCUGAAUAAUAGGACAGCAGCAAAGUGGACACUUUUAAGUUCUUUAUUUGUUUCACCAAACUAAACAGGAAAAAAAAACUGUCUCUGCAGAGUAAACAUGUUUUGUCAAGGUAUAUCCACUCCCUCCCCCACAAAAAAUAAAAAUAAAAAUACUGAAUCGUAAAGAGUCUCAAUCCACGACUCAACACAUAAAGCUUAAAAAGGUCUGUGGAAGUGGGAGAGCGUUUCCCAUGUGAUAUACGGGUUCCUCCGUGUUAGCCGAGCAGAACCAUCACAGAGAGAAAAGUACUACGUUUGGUAGAGAAGUCCGCCUUACAAAAAGGCCUCAUCAAGUACAAAAUCCCAAACGCUAAACAUUACAACAGCGGCUCGCCGUUUUUUGUAACCCAGACAAAAAGCAUCUUGUGCAAAAAAAAAAAAAAAAAAAAAAUUCAAGGCAUUUGUCAGGUAAAACUAACAUUUAAAAAGAAACAGGCGGUAGGUAACAGGCGCUAAAUUUGGUUUGGAGGUUACAAAAAGACGACGUAUAAAUACACUUGGCAGUAUAUGCAGGUACAACAAAGCGCAAUAAAAAUCCAGCCGCGUUUGGACCCGUGGGGGGGGGGGGGAAGAAAACGUGCAUAUCAAAACCCUUCAAGAUCUCCGCAAAGCAUCCCCUUGCUUGAGACUGUACACUUUUCUUGGAGUUUUUUUUUUUUAUAGAAACUAGUCAUGACUGCUGGAAACAUACCUGAUUUUCACUUUUUGGUCCCGUUGCGUUUAAAGUGAGAUGGGACGCUGGAGGUGGUUCUGCUGAUUGUAGGCGGCGCCGAGGGUUGGGAUGUGGGUCCAACGUAAACAAGAUGUCGUACAAUAUGACACUGUAAUAAUGUGCGCUUGUGUGUGUAUGUUUGGGGAAAAACCCUGAUGCGCCGCUUGGUGAGUGCAAAGCACCCCAACGUCGGGUGCGGUCUGAGGCCCGGGAGGGAGCGUCCGUUUGGACGUGGUGGUCGCAGAUGUGGCGGUUAAACGUUUGGUCUCUUAAAUAAGGUCACGUGGAGCGCUGGUCCUCAGUAAAGACGCUUCUCGUAGCUGUCGAGGUGAGAUCCAAGGGAAGAUAAAUUAGGUUAUGGUCGCUUCCUUUCAAGGUUAGCGAGGACAUGCAGGAACUUUCCUCAGGGAUACCAUCAACACUACCUGGGUAAAAAUAUUGGAUAUCUAUAACUUUAUAUAGUUCAUAUUUCACUCUAUGCUUCUUUCAUGUCAUUAUUUCACCUCAUAUUAUGACCUCAUGCUCGGAAAAUUGCUACUUUUUUUUUCCUACUACAUUUACCACAAUGUUCCCAUAUUUUCACCUUUCCACGAGUUGAAACUAUAUUUUGUUUAUUAUAAUAUGACAAAUUUAUGGAAAAUAUUUGGACUUUUUUAAUAUUUCAACAUUAUUUUUUCCUGAUAAUAUUACAAGAUUAUUUUACU